GAAUGGACAACACAAAAACAUCUGACGGGGUGUUUUGUUAUAGCUAGACAGCGGAGAGAACUGGAGUGUUUUGUGAGCUUGAUACCUAUAGCCUAGUAGCUAGCUGAAUUUCGCUUAUCUGCCAACAUCGCUAAAUAUCUGUCUACAAAAACGACCGUCAAAUAACAAUUGUGGACAUUCCAGAACGUUACGCGAGGGUUCGAGUAUCUACAUUCCAAGCGCGUUAUUGCGUAACAUUGCCUACAAACAGGCAAGCUAGCCAACUUGCAUUCGAGCUCUGACUGCUUGCUAGCCAGCUGACCCUUAGCUAGUUGGCCUGGCUUUCCCUUGUCUAGCCUGUGAAGCUAAACCUGCCAGCUAGGUAACAUUUUGGUGACCGGUAGUUAGCUAACGCCUGACAAUCACCACCACCCACCAUAUCCUCGAUGGAAGAGCGGGGGGAGGUGGGCGUCGCGGCCGCUCCAGGCUCCUCCUCAGGCGGCCUGGGGGUUGUGGCGGUGGGGGCAGCCCUGGAGGCAGUGGUCGGGGGGCCAUCUAUGCAGGAGGAGGUGAACAUCCGGAGAGGAGAGGGGCUCGGGCCCGAGUCGGACCCGGACGAGCCGCCGCCCAAGAAGCGGAUGAGACUGCCGGAGGGAGAGUCGGGAAAGCUGGAAGAGAGGCUGUAUUCAGUGCUGUGCUGCACUGUAUGUCUAGACCUGCCCAAAGCCUCCGUUUAUCAGGUAAAUACUGUGACAAACACACCUGUCACUGGCCUACUGACUUUGGCCCUCUUGUCAAUGUUAGCUAGCUAGCUAGCUAACUUCGUAUAAAGUAAGCCUAACGAACAUGUCUGUUAGCUAGCUAACUAGGUUGUCAGGCAAGAAGUGGGGGUUGAAGACAGUAUGUAGGCCUACUGAGCACAACCUGUCGUGGGCUGUAACGAUAGGUGAAGAAAAUAUGUUGGGCCCAAGGCCGCAGGCUAGCAGCUACGUUAACUCAAUAGCUAACUUGUUCAGAAGGGUUAGCCAGAGCUCAGCGUAGUACAGAGAGAUUAUCAGAUCUAUAAAUCAUCUGGUCAUCAGCUAGGUGUCUGAAACUGCUGCCGACCCUAUUCUAUUCAGAUUUGCCAACAAGAAGACAUGAAUUGAUGCAGAUGUGUUUAUCCCAGGCCGACCCCUAGGAAUUAGGCAUAGGCAAGCCCCAACACAUCAGCAUGUAACACCCAAUGAACUGCUCACCUCACACCCAGUUUACACCUGUGUGUCAUUACUGUGGUGUGGUACUGAGUAAUAUGCCCUCAAAUAACACCUGCUCUCCCCACCCCCAUGGCCUAGAUUAUGAGGGGCAUUGGAUGAACAUUUGCAUCCAAUGCCCCUCAUCCCCCAUAAUCUAGAGCCAUGUUGCCCCACCCCAUGUUGCCCCACCCCAGUGACCUCUGACAUACACAUAGCCCUAACCUUGCCCCUGAAUGGUGAUUCUCUGACCAGCGAUAGGCCAAAGACUGGUUCGAAAAGAGAGCCAUUCACAAACUCUCACAGACAUUUUUACACUCACAUUCUACACACAUACAAACACCUGUGUGGCUCUCUAUACAAUGCAAUUCUGUAUAGCGUAUAAACACUGAUUUAUAAAGACUACUAUCCACAGUACAGACACACCACACACACACCUACAUUAACCCUUUCCUCUCUGUUUUAUAGUGCACCAACGGUCACCUGAUGUGUGCUGGCUGUUUUAUCCACCUGCUGGCCGACUCUCGUCUGAAAGAGGAACAGGCCACGUGUCCUAACUGCAGGUCUGUACACACACACAUAUACACACACACACAGUUUAUAAAUACAGUUGAAAUGAGUGAGUGAGUGAUUGACUGAUUUACAUGACUCUGUUUUAAGUGUGAGAUUAGUAACCGUGUCUCUAUACAAAUAUAAUUGGAUUGACUGGUUGAUUGAUUACCCCCCCCCACCCCCUCCCUCUAGGUGUGAGAUCAGUAAGUCCCUGUGUUGUAGGAACCUGGCUGUAGAGAAGGCUGUGAGUGAGCUGCCCACAGACUGCCCCUUCUGUCUCAAACAGUUCCCUCGCUCCAGCCUAGAGAGGCACCAGAGAGAGGAGUGCCAAGACAGGUACACACCUCAUUGGUACACACACACACACACACACACACAUGUUUUGUUCUUCUAUCCUCGUGGGGACCUAAAAUUAAUUUCCAUUAAAAAUCCUAUUUUCCCUAAACCCUACCAUAACCCUAAACCUAACCCCUUACCCUAACCCUAACCCCUACGCUUACAAUAGCCUCUGUCAUCAUGGGGAAGUGGAAAGUGUCCCCACGAGGGGACUGGGAACACAUGACUUGCUGCUCUUUUGAGAAGAAAACAGCUGAUCUAAUUACUGACCAACCUGAUUACAGGGUGUGUGUGCGUUUAUGUGCUCAACCGAAGGCCAUGGGGUCGUUGUUAUAGUGACAAGUCACUGUGCCUGUUCUGUUAUGACGAUCAGACGACCCUGGUGCAGGUGUUACUGACAGAACCAGCAUAAAUUAUAUAGCCGGUCCCAAAUCACUUCUUGGCCCUAACCCCUCCAUGUUUGUAUAUCUGUAGGGUGAUGGGUAUAAGCAGUGCAGUGGUGGAGAUUGUACCAUAUUGCUUCCACCUUACAGAUCUGCAGAAACUAGGGGUUAGGACCAAGGGGGAAGGGUAGGAAGCGAUUUGGGACCAGCUGAUAGAGAGUUAGCAAAAGUGAAAUCUCCACCCACCAGGGGCACCGGGUGACACAAAACGAAUUUGCUAAUUGUCUUAUUCCUCCUCGUCCUCAUGAUUGGCCCUAAACUCCCACCUUUUGUUAUGUUGCCAGGGUGACGCAGUGUAAGUACAAGAGGAUAGGCUGCCCGUGGAAGGGGCCGUUCCACGAGCUGCCGGCCCACGAGGAGGAGUGCUGCCACCCCACCAAGACUGGCACAGAGCUGAUGGGCAUCCUGGGGGAGAUGGACCAGAGCCACCGCAGAGAACUAACCCUUUACAGCUCUAUAUUCUCCCUGCUCUGCUACGAGAAGAUUGGCUUCACAGGUAGGCUAGGUACACAGUACACACUGUCUUACACACACACACUACCUGACUACCAGGACAAUUGUUCCUGUCCGGCUUGAAGGACCAGUCACACACACAGAAAACAUGGAUCUCUCUAAUUCAUUCCUCCCCUCCCUCUCCCCUGUGCAGAGGUCCAGUUCAGGCCGUACCGCACAGAUGACUUUAUAACCCGUCUGUACUAUGAGACUCCUCGUUUCACCGUUUUGAACCAAACCUGGGUUCUGAAGGCCAGGGUCAACGACUCUGAACGCAACCCUAACCUCUCUUGCAAACGCACCCUCUCCUUCCAGCUCAUCCUCAAGAGCAAGGUACACACUCACUGAAUGUACGCACACACUCACUGACAUACACACACACUCUCUCUCUCUCUCUCUAACCCUCCUCCUUCCUGUAGGUGAACUCCGCUAUAGAGUGUUCCUUCCUGCUGUUGAAAGGUCCGUACGAUGACGUGAGGAUCAAGCCUGUGAUCCACCACCACGCGUUCAGCAACGACACCAACGAGACAGACUACGUCCCCCUGCCCAUCACCGACUCUGUGGAGUGUAACAAACUACUGGCCGCCAAGAACAUCAACCUGCGACUCUUCAUCUUCCAGAUUCAGAAAUAGACAAAGGAGGAGAGAGGGAUGGGGGAGGAGAGAUGUGGUAAGGGAGAGAGGACCGAGAGAGAUGAAGGGAAGGAGGGACAGGGGAGGAGGAGGAGAAAGGAAGGAGGAAGGGAGAGAAAGCUUGUUCACCCCCUGAAGUUUGAGAUUAAAUUGAUACACCACUGAACCACUGAUACCUCUUUACACACGCACAAACAUACACACCACUGGAUGACAUACUUCUGAGAGUUAUAGAACCCUAACUUGGGGUGCUUUCAGUAUUGCUAUGAAGACAAGGUGGUGUUGCCAGGGGAAUUCGUCUGUAGAGACUGACAAGGUCAUUACUAUGGAGAUGGGGGUGUUGCUAGGGGAGAGAGGGGGUCGUUGCUAUGGACUGGUUGGUGACCCCAGAGCCAAAUGUAGCACAUGCAGUGCACUCGGGAAGUAUUCCCGCCCCUUGACUUUUUCCACGUUUUG